UAUACAAAUAGAUACAAAUAUGGAAAUACUAGAAUUCGAGGACGACAAUGCUAUACGAAUAGAUAAUCUAGAAGACAAUUUGCCACAUCUACCACCAAGAGUACCUAAAAGAGGUCGACCAAAGGGUAAAGACAAAACUGUAAUUGGUGUUCCAAAGAAGAGAAAACUAACAUCAAAAUUACUUCCUUUUGAGGAACUUCCGGUUGAUAUCAGGCACUAUGAAAUGUUACGUUGGUUUGUAGACGAUGGCAUUGCUAAAUCUGCUGUGUAUGAAAACAAAUCUGUACAUGAAGAGUAUGUUGAAAUUGUUCCUGAAAGGGUAUCAAAUGUGAUUAUGGAUAAGGCAAUAGCAAUUGACGAAAUAAAAUGUUAUUUAACUGAAGAAAGUUGGCUUGUCAUCCAGCAAGUCAUUAAAAUGAAAAAAUUGACACCUACUUGGAUCUGUCCCAUAUGUGCUAAAGAUGCUGCAACUAAAUCCAUUUGUUGUAACAGAUGUUUAGAAUGGUCACACUUUAUUUGCGUUAGAGUAAAUGCUAAUUUUAAAUCCAAACUAUGGUUUUGCAAUUUUUGCAAAGUCAGUAACACAAAUUUAAAAAAUACGACUUAGGCUUAUUAACCUAAGGAUUAGUCGUUCGGUACCGUUUAUCGCGAGUGGACGUUCGUUGCGUGCGUCCGUUAUCGCCUUUCACUAAUGGCAUUCUUGACCACCCAACCUUAAUAUGUCUGCUUCUAAAUCCUCUAAACGUAAUUUAUCUUCAUCGUCUAGCAAUGAUGGAGUUAAUAAAAACAAAAUUUUUGUCUCGCCGAACCGAUUUGCCUCUCUCUCCGAAGAUGCCGAUCCUCACCCGGAGGUGUUCAGUCCUCCACCUGUCACAGUCUCGCCUCAAGCAGAGGACACCUCUACACACACCUACAUGGAACCGCCACCAACGACCAAGCCUCAUAUUCCCCCCCCCCUUCUGCGUAAGUGACGGAUACGACUUCUCUACACUCAAAAAUUCCUUAUUUAAAGUACUCGAACCAUCGAGUAUUUAUU